UUCGAAAUGCGCGAAUUUAUUAAUAAUACGGAGCACUAAAGCCUCCAAGAUCAAAUGUGAACUGUGGAACAUCUAUGACUUAUUGUUGUUGUUGGUGUAGGUGUAGGUGUAGGUGUAGGUCAGUGAUCGUCCCCAGCUUUGGUAUAAAACGGUCUCUCGGCUUUGCUUUCGACAUCAGUAUCAACUAAAGCAACGUUCCGCUUGGAUUCCCCUACACAGGUUUCAGAUUUCGUAUUAAACUUCAGCCAUGUUCAAGAUCGCGCUAAUCACUGCCCUCUUCCUGGUGGCCGUCACUUGGGCCGCAGAUGAGUCACAGGCCACCAUCACCAAGUACGAGAAUGAGAUCAAGAACGAUGGCAGCUACAAUUGGGAGUACGGAACCUCGAACGGCAUUCAGGCCAAGGAGAGUGGUGUGGGCAGUGCCUAUGCGGCAGGAUCGGUGGCGUAUACGGCUCCCGAUGGACAAAACAUUCAGUUGGAGUACACUGCCGACGAGAAUGGAUAUCAGCCAAAAGGUGCACAUUUGCCAACGCCGCCACCUACUCCCGACUACAUUCUGAAGGCUCUGGCGUACAUUGAGGCUCACCCUUUCACCAGGAUUCAGCUCAGGACUUAGAUGAUGAUGAUGCAUCUUCUAAUCUGUUAGCUUUAAUUUAGCACAAUUUUUUUUUGUAUAUGAAAUAAACAUU